AUGGCCUUCCUUGCCCUCGGCCUUCUGGCCUGGUGGCUUUGGAGGCACAGGGCCUUUGUUGCCAGCUGGACCUGGGGCGAGGGGCGACGGUGGGGCGCCACAGAGGACGAAGACGGGGCCGGGGACAGUUUUGGGAAGGCAGGCGGCUUGCCGCUUGGGCAGUGCCGGCUUUUCUGCAAGCCUUCGGCUCUGGCCCAUGCCUUGGUCAAGACCUUCUGGCGAUCCGCUGAUCUGGACGCCCGACGGUGGUCCUGGAAGAGUUGGCCAAACCUGCAGACCGUCGCUCAGCUCCUCUGGCCCCCAGACUGGCUGCCGGAGUUCUCCAGGGACCAUCUCCGACUGGAAGACGGCGGCAUCGUUGCCCUGGAUUGGGUGGUCGGACCGUCAGCCAGGGGUAGGACAGCAACCAGCGCAGCAGAUUCCGCAGUGCUGCUGGUGGUGCCAGAUGCUGCCGGCCAGAUCACUCGGAACGUCCUCCAGCUGUGCCGGCUGGCCCUGCAGGAGGGCUAUUACCCGGUCAUCUUCAACAGGCGCGGGCACAACGGCUGCCCACUCUGCAGCCUGAAGGUGCAGCCGUUUGGUGACCCGGCAGACCUGAAGGAGGCCAUGGCCUACAUCCGCUUCCGGCAUCCCACCUCGAUGCUCUUUGCCGUCAGCGAAGGCUCCGGCUCCGGCCUGUUGCUCUCCUAUUUGGGCGAAUGUGGGUCAUCCAGCUACCUGGGCGGGGCGGCCUGCAUCUCACCCGUGCUGAAGGCCCAGGACUGGUUCGAGGCCAGCAGCAUCCCUUGGUGGUACGAAUGGGUCCUGCUCAUGUUCCAGAAAAGACGCAUCAGCAGGUACGCCGAGGCCCUGAAAGAGGCUGUGGAGAUGGACCGGGCGCUUGGGAGCUGCUCGCUGCGAACCUUUGAAGAAGCGCUCUUCUGCCACGGAAAGAGCCAAAGCCCCUCCUGGGAGGCCUACUGGGACCACAACGACCCACUGAGGGACGUGGACGAGGUGGCCGUGCCGGUCCUGUGUCUCUGCAGUGCCGAUGACCCGAUCCGGGGCCCGCCAAACUACACGCUCCCUUGGGAACUCUUCCAGAGCAACCCUUACUUCUUCUUGCUGCUGAGUCCACACGGUGGCCACUGUGGCUUCUUCGGAAAGAGCCCCCUGGCCUCUUGGGGAAACGCGGUGACCCUUGCGUACCUGCGUACUGUGGCGGAGUUUUUCCGCCUGGAGGAGAGGCUGAAGGAAAGGCCCCGCCGGAGGAGUUUGGCCACGCAGCAUCACCGCCGGCGGGGCACUCUUCAAAGCAGAAGCACUUCACUCUCCUCCCACGGGACCUUCAGCUGGCAACGGUCGUACACCCGGUAA